CCUCCUGGUCAGGUAACUAUGGUAACGGUUGUCCGGACAGCCGUCACUGCGUCUGUUGAUGCUGUAGUGGGCGGUGUGCCUCGAGCCGUUGGUGUGUGUGAUCCUUCGUGUUUGCUUUUUGUUUGUUUGUUUGUUUUGUUACGGAUCAUUCUUCUUAAAUCAAUACUGAUGACGAAACUUAUUGCAUAUAGAUUUAAGUCGAUUAAUUGAGGUAGACCGUUGUGACCUGCAGAGGGCAGCUGUACGUCGUUGUUGCGUCUGAAUCUGCCGGAAAUUCAACAGACGAAGAAGAAGAAGAAACAUUACGCGAACACUUCCUAAUAUGGGCAAAACACCGGUUAGUUAGUGCUAGUUAGUUAGCCAGCGGUGCUAGUCAUGAACCAGUGGAAAUAAAGUGAAUAUGACAUGCUUACUUUAUGUUUGUGAGCGAUAACCGUCAACAGGAGAAACUUUAUGCACUCCGGGGUUCAAAUAUCGAGUUAAGACAACUCCUUGAAAGCAGCAGAGCUACUGAGAGGUAGGAGAGAGGUGGUAAACACUAACCAAGCUGCUGUUUCUCCACAAAGCAGGUCAGGAAAGAUGUCACUGCCCUGCACCUUGUCUCCUCCACCACCUCCACCUCCUGCUCCACCACCACCUCCUCCACCUCCUGCUCCAGGUCUACCUCCUCCUCCUCCUCCUCCACCUGCUCCAGGUCCACCUCCACCUCCUCCAACAGCCUCCCAGCCCAAGAAGAAGCUGUAUCAGACUAUAGCCAGUAACAGGAGUGCUGUGGAGGGGAACCACACAGAGGCUUGCCUGCUGCUCAGUCAGAGAGAGAGCAGUUUUAGGAAGGACCUGCAGUGGAUUCUGGUGAACACAUACGUGCCGUCCCUCAUCCAAGAUGGUCCACAGUGCGGUCUGGUGGCUUUGUGGAUGUCGGCUCACCUUCGACAGCCACAGCAGAUGAGUAUCGACAUGGAAACUGUUGUUCAGACGGCACUGAGAAGGGGAUACACGGCACAGGGUGAAAUGUUUUCAGCUCACAACAUGGCCCUGCUGGCAGAGGAGGUUUGUGGCUGUAAGGCCGAGCUGCUGUCAGGAGGUUUAAGUGAUAGCAAUGCUGCAGCCAUCGUCACACACCUGUGGAGGAGACUGCCUGUUCUCAUCCCAUAUGAUGAGGACUACAACCAUGAGCCAUGCCAGCGUAGUGGCCACAGGGCCCACUGGGCAGUCGCUUCAGGUGUUCUCCUCGGUUUGGAUCAGGGCAGCGUGAGCAAAGAGCACACUGAACCCGAUGCCACUCUGCCAUGGCUCUACCUCACCACUGACAGCAGCUGUCCCUGUCCUGUCCAUAAUGCAGCGGUCAAAGAGGUUUACAUCCUGGCUAAGCAGGGUAAGAGCCUGCGUUACCAGCUGUGGAGUUUGGACAGCGUAGCUCAGAGCAACGAGCAGCUCAGGACGAUGGACCCUCAGAGAGCUAAUGACGGGACCCAGUAUGUGGUUCCUCAAGGAGGGCUGGAAGCCGGGCUGGCUGGUCAGGUGGUGCUGCUCCACACGAGGACACAGAAAGAGAAACACUGAUCUGUUGAGUGCUCUCAUGGUGCAAUGUGACUGAUUUACAGAUGUGGGUUUUUAGAAGAAUCCGAUAUCUGUGUGGGUUCCACAACAGUAAAAUUACUGUAUUGAGACUUUUAGUAGGUCGCAUUCAGACAGGAUCAGGAGCUGCGGUGAAUUGAAGCGGGGUGGUAUGGGGGUGACGGAACAUAACCGCUAUAAAACAAUCAGGAAAUAUCUUUAAUAAAUUAUGGUGCUCACUCACUCUCAUUCACUGUCUAUGUCUCUUGACCUAUGCCUACUGUCCCUAUCUCUCAAACCAUCGGACACAAACUAAAUCAAACUUCUUUAUGUCACUAUUUUGUAGCAUAAUUGCGAGUCAGACUCAGAUUUUAGUAGCUGGGGACAUGAAAUAAACAAAGCCACAACACAACAGGUAGAGUAUCAGAGUUUAGUCAAUAAAUCCACUUGGAUAGUCUCAGUUUCAGAGACAUUUCAAGCUGACUGUGAAGGGGUUUGACCAGUCUGAGAGUCUAAUUGGCGGCUGCAGUGUGACGUCAGUGUUCUUCCAAAAGUUGUAGCUCAACUUCUCCGCCACAGGUCGCCUGCACCACAGCAGCCAAAAUGCUCUCUCUCUACUCAAAUGAAUGGAAAAACCUGUGUUUUUGCCACAUCACCAGAUCCUGUCUGAAUGUGAGAUCAUAUAAUUUCCCACAUAUUUAGUUAAACUGGGGUUAUCAGGUCUCUAGUUUUAUUAAGCCCUUGCUGUUAUGUUGUGGGCAAGUUAAUGCAUAGAACUGCAUUAUCAAAUACUGAUGAAACUAAUUUUACACACUGGAUAAACCAAACCUGAAAAUCUGGUAUGGUUAUUUUAUCAUUUAACAGUUUAACUGAAUUUACAGAAAAUACAUCACCACCACACCAUCGUUACAAGUUUACAAUGUGAUGAGUUUUCAUCACCUCAUGGUGCUUAAAACGUUACUGAUUGAAUGGUUAUCAUAUUUAUACAAUAAAUUCAUAUUGUCAUCUUGACUGACCUGAAAAUGUUUCACAAUAUUCAGUAAAAUAACUUAAAACAGUGAAAUCAAUGUAGAUUUGAUAUUUACACAGUGUAUGAUGUGAGUUAUGUGUUUAGAGACUCUUCGAACAAAAAAAACAAGAACUCUGAAACUCUUAUUUCCAGUUUAUUGCAAUGCAUGACCUGGACAAAGCAGGGAAUUAAUAGCAAUCUUCUGUCUUUUUAAAAAUACAAAAUGUGGUUAUGAAUCCAGUUCUUACUUAUAAAGCAGCACCCAGUUUGAAAACAUGAUAGUUUGCCAUUUUAUAAAUAUAGAGGAUUUGUGGGCAAUGAAAUAUAAUACUUUGUAAACGCUAUUAUUACUUUCUUCCAGUUGGUGUACUUUUGAGAUAAGCUUGAAUUUGAAUUCCAAUUUCAUUAGGUCAGAUACUGCAGUGCUGUUAAAGUAGUAUGUGCGCUCAGGGAACUGCCUACGCACACGCCCAAACAGCGCUGCCUGACACUCUCGAAGGACGCUUGGAAGACUCAACAUUGUUGUGUUCACCAACCUGCUGCAUUCCAGUCGUGGAGCGACAGGCAUCACUGUCGCUCUAAAAUCUAAAUUUAACAAUGUUGUUUUGUAAACUCCAUUUUCCAUACAAAAAGUCCCACAGACCCACAAACCUCUUUAGUGUAGCUAAAUGAGGUUCACAGCAACGUUCUCGUGUUCAAAGUGAUCUUGUAUUUGAGUUUCAUCCCUUGAAUCAUUAAGACACGUUCAAAAUUUCCAGUUUCAAGAUCACGUGUAUGUUGAUACAUAAGUGAAACCUCACAAAAGCCUCAACAGACUGAUCAGUUUAAUCAGGUAAAUAAAUCCAGUCUCAUUUCACCCUUUCCACCACUGUUCAACUGUAAAAACUCCCUGCAAAUCGGAAGCAACACUGAUCGGGGAGAAUGAAGUGAUGACGACAAAUUAAAUUCACGUUGAACUUCUUAAAACGUCUGCACCUGUAAACCCAGUACUUGACUGCUGCUUCCCAUCUUAAGACUCACCGAGGCACCGCUUGAUUUGUUCAAAUGGCUUUGUGAGGAUCCAUAGUGCAACGAAUUCCAGACAAACAUGGCUGCCAAGCUGCUUACUGUACAGUUCAAUGGAUAAAGAAAACUUUCACUGCAUUAUCAUACAAAAAAAAA